AUGGAGUACGGUUUCAAAGCGCCUCCCGAGCCAAAGCAUGUUGACCGCAAGCUACUCUACACAAGCUUGGAAGAGCGAAUCAAGUACUUGCAUGCCUUCCUCGACUUUAACUCCAGCGACGUUGAAGCGCUGGUCAGCGGCACAAAAUACAUCAAGCAAUUGAUCCCAGCAGUAGUCAACCUGGUAUAUAAGAAACUUCUCGAGUGCGACAUCACAUCACGCGCCUUCCACACCCGAAACACAGUCGACGAGACCGAGCCCGAAGAAGACUAUCUCGACGAAGACGCGCCCCAAAUCAAGCGGCGCAAGAUGUUCCUUCGGUGGUACCUCACACGCCUCUGCCAAGACCCAACCACAAUGGAUUUCUGGCGAUACCUGAACAAGGUCGGGGCAUUUCGAGGAUGGAAGAGUGUCGCACACGAACCGCAAACUAAUGUACUUCGCAGCAUGAUGCACAGCGGUCAAGUUCGCCGAUCUCCCUUGAACAUCGAAUACAUCCACCUCGGCGCCUGCAUGGGCUACAUCCAAGACAUCUGGAUCGAGGCGAUGAUGUCACACCCACACCUCUCGCUCCGUCGCAAGAUCGCCCUCGUGCGCGCCGUCAACAAGAUCCUCUGGAUCCAAAAUGAUCUCUUUGCUCGCUACCACUGUAGCGAUGGGGAGGAGUUUGCGGAUGAGAUGUCUGUGAUGAGUUUCGAUGAUCAGGAGGGAUACCUCGGUGACAAGCGCAUUCUUGGCAGUAGCUCCAAUAGCUCGGUUGACGAUGACCGGUCUAGUAUCUCUAGUGGGGUGGCGCCUUCCACUCAUAGUGCGGCCCCCUCCACGAAGACUAGUACCUCGGUGGCGGCGUCUGCUUCCAAGACUUCGGUGUGUCCUUUUGCGGAUAUGGCCAAGCCGUCGUCGACUGAGACGAAGAUUUGGGCGAAUUGA